ACGUACACUGCACUCGACAAGCCAAAGCGCGUCUGGCUCGGUGACGAGCACUACAUCCUCGCAACGGGGAUUGGCAGCAUCGCUCUUCGGCUCAAGCGCAAGGACAGCUACGAGACGGCCGUCUUCCCUGGCGUCUACCACGUCCCCGACCUGAACGGAAAUCUACUGUCGGUCUCGUACUUUGCUCGGAAGGGAUACCCCGUCAGCUUUGAGCGCGACGGGUGCACCAUCCAUGACGCCUCUGGCGACACAAUCGCAACCGCGUUCGAACGCGAAGGCCUCUACAUCCUCCGCGCCGAGCCGCACCUCCCUGAGGCACGCACAUUCCUC